AUGUCAAAUCCUAUUAAAAAACACACCUCAUCUCCAAAACUCCUAAAGCUAAUCUCUGUUUCCUUCAAGGAAGCUGCUCUAGAUUCUCCAUCUUUUAGAGCUUCGGUUAACCAUUUUAACCAGCAAAUUGACCAAGUAGACCAUUGGUUUGAUGCUUUGGUCAAAUAUAUCAAAAAAUACUCUCAAAUAUAUUUGGACUUUUACAACUACUCCUCAACUCUAAUAACUUUUCUCGACCCAAGCUUUAUAACAAAUGGUUUAGUAGACCAAGAUUACACUAUCAAUUCCUUUAAAUUAACUAAAGAAGGGCUAAACAAAAUCUGGUUAAGCUGUUUAAAUGUCUUGAAUGUUAAUUCAAUCUUUCCCAUAGAUUUAAUCUUCGAAUUUAAUAAAAACGAAUUGGUGUCCUACAGAGAAAUUAGGAAAAAUUUUGAAUUAAUUCAGUCUAAAUACGAUUUAUAUUUAUCAAGAUAUGCUUCUCAAUCAAAGACAAAAGAUCCCCAGGUAUUGAUGGAAGAUGCUUUCCAACUAUGUGAAGUUAAAAAAAGUUACCUAAGAGCCUCUUUAGAAUUAUCAAUCUCCAUAACCAACAUCAGAUCCUCUUUGGAUAAAUUAAUCGUUAAUUUAACCUCGAAAUUUUGGCUAAAAAUAUUCUCAAUGAAAAAUAUUAAUUUCCUAGUUGACGAUGAUUCUGAAUUUAUUCAUUAUCAAUUUAAAAGAUUGCAGGCUUGGUCGACUUCAAUCGAUAACUCAAAUAAAUUGUUGUAUAAUGAUAUGAUCAUUUCAAGCAAAGAAAUCGAAGACAAAGCAAUUCUUCAAUUCUCUCCCUCAAAGGAACUACAAGACCAUGAUCCCUCAUUACUAACUCCUCAAAAUCUUACUGACAACCUUAGAGAACCAAUUUAUGAAAAGCAUGGCUGGAUCUUCAUGAAAUCCCUUGUAGGUAAGCCUUCAAGACAGAUUUGGAUUAGAAAAUGGGGUUUCAUCAAAAAUGGUAUCUUUGGCUUACUAUCUUUAUCUCCAUCUAAAAAUUUUGUUCAAGAGACUGAUAAAAUAGGUGUCUUAUUAUGUACUGUAAGGUUUUGCACCGAAGAAGAUAGAAGAUUUUGUUUUGAAAUUAGAACAACUGAUAACAUGACUGUAAUUUUUCAAGCUGAAUCUGCAAAUGAUCUUAAAAGUUGGCUAAAAGUCUUUGCAAGUGAAAAAAAAAGAUGCAUCAUGAUCAAUCAAAAUAAAAAGGAUAAAGCCAAUACUGCCUUGGGUAGAUAUCCUCCUUCAUUAUUUGAAUUUGCUUCAACUACAACAACUUCAACAGAUUUAUUGCUAACAAGUUCAAGAAUUGCUGAUAUCAACAACCCAGGAAAUUUUUUUCAAUCGGUUUCACUAUCAAAAUUGGUUGAUAAUUAUAAUACUUCAAAACAAAUUAGAAACCCAAAUUUAAAUAAACCUUGUUUAAAUAUUCCAAUAACCACCAGAAUGUGUAAACAAGCCAUUAUAGCUCACUCAUUUUUAAUGCCAACUAUAAUUCCAACUGCUAUAACUGCAAAUAUAUGGGGUAGUGUCAAUUGGGGUUUAUAUCACUUAAUUGAUUUGACAAACAAUACAUUACAAAGCUCAAAUGCUUCCACGUCUCAACAAUCUUCCAAUUCAAAGGAAUCGUCAAUAUCUUAUUCCUCUUUGUCGACUACAAUUUUAAAAUUAAAUGAUACUUCAUCAAUUUAUUCUGGUAACAAUUACUUGAACAAUUCCAACGCGAAUGCUCUUUAUCCUCCAUUUUAUCCUCCUUACUUGAAGAAAUUUGAUAUUCAAUUAAAGACUCUUUUUCAAUCAGCAGUUCCUAAAAAUGACUACGUUCUUUUAGCAUUCAGGUGUAUUUGGUCACCAAAUUCCAGACAAGAGUUAUCAGGCAGAUGUUUUGUUACACUUGACUAUUUAUAUUUUUAUAUGAACUCGUUAUGUUUCAUUUCGUUACUGAAAAAGGAUUUGAACAGUUUUAUUGCAGUUGAAAGAAGUGUGGACAACACAAAAGACUGGGAUGUAAUUAGUCUUUAUGGAGAAACAGGAUUGAGUUUAAGAUCGCGAAUUUUCCUAGACGACAGUUUGUAUAUUAAAAAUGGAUUGGAAUUAUUAAUCAACAACAAAACCAGCGAAAGACCGUUGAAACUUAAAGAAAUGAUUAUUGAACUAGAAAAUAUCAGAGCCAAAUGCAAUGCAGUUCGAACUUUUAACACAAAAAGAAAGUUAAAUCUGAAUUUCAAUUCUUCAAUUUCCAAUGUCGGAUCUAUAAAACGAUAUAGCAGUAGCUCAAAUAAGAAUGCUACUUUUAUCCCUUCCAUUAUCAAUGUUCCUUUGAAUAAUGCCUUUAAACUAAAGUACUUGAACCUUUUAAAGACCGAUUUUAGAGAUGAGCUGUAUCAGUUAUUACUAGGUAGAUCGGUGCCACUUCCAGCAAAGGCAUUGAUGCAUGUUAUUUGUGGAGACAAUUCAACAAUGUUAAAGGACGUUUUAACAUUGAUUAGUUCAAAUUUUAAUUUUUCAAACAACAGAUCAUAUUGGCAGGAGUUUAUAAACAAUGAGACAUCGGGAAUUAAAAUUGGAACAUUAAAAGUUGUUCAAACGAUUGAGAAAUUCAUUGAGAAUGAGUAUUAUUGUAUUGGUGAUCACCGGUCAUAUUCAAUGUUGCCCUUUGGUGAUCCCAUGUCUAUUAAGGGUAAAAUCAUUAUAAAAAAAAUCGAUGAAGAUAAUUCAGAAUUAUUGGUUUAUUCGAAAAUGGACCUUUUGGACCGAGGAAUUGUUUCUAAAUCGCCAUUUUAUUAUGCUAUUCGAGAUUUCAUUUAUCCUCUUGCUAAGAAUGGGGAAGUUAAUAGAUAUUCAAGAUUUAUUGAUCGGUCUAUUAGUAAAAUAGGGACCCAUGGGAAAAUCAAUAAAGCUAUAAAGUUAUAUGGACAAAUCAGUAGAAUGUCCUUGGACGAUUCUAAAAAAUAUUUGGAUCAAGAGAAUAUCAACGAUUACUCAAUUCAGAAAACUGAUAUGUUACACCUUGAAUUUUUGUUGACGAUUAAGAUUGCAUUGAAUAUAAUUACGAUUAAUUUGUUGAAUAAUAUUAUUAAGUCUUCGAAGUUCAUACUAGGGAUCCUAUGCAGACUUUACGAGUUGCUAAGCAUGAAUAAGUUUUUGUUGUUUUUACUAGCAAUCUCUGGGCUUUUAAAUCUUUUCUCGUUUGUGGAGAUAGUGAACAACUACUGGGACGUUAGAAGAUCGGAGAACUUUGUCAAUAAAUACUCAAAGGCUACUAACAAUUUCAUGAAUGGGGACAAUUCUCUCAUGUCGCUAAAAUCCGGAGAGCUAAUGCAAAGAGCCAUUUAUCUUAAGGAUAUGGAGCAGCUUGUGGGUUCAAGCAUAAGAGGGACCUUGGUGGAUGAAAAUGGGAUGGAGGAGUCGCGUUGUUUCAAGAGAUUUGAAAGGGCAUCGUAUGUUUUGAACUACGAAAAGUACACAUUGGAUAGACAGUCCUUCCAGCAAGAGUACUACGAGGACUUGAAUGCUUUGCAGGUCUCGGAAAAGUACAAGAACAGUUUGAACGAGAUUGCGAUUCGACGAAACGAAUUAGUGACAAACUUGAGGGUGUUGACCAAGAUCGAGAAGGAGCUUGCCAUCAGUGAGUGGAAGAACUGGUUGCUCAGCGAAAACAGCAGAUGCAACACAGUCCAGAGGAUGGUGGAGAACCUCGUCGACUUGCCAGAGAUGGGAAAUGUUUCAGAGAUAUUCCCCGGGAAGGAAGAGCUUCUCAGGUACUGCUCCAGCUGCAAGCUUGAACAGAGCUACUCACAUCUCUUGUGA